CACUCUGGUUGUAUCGAAAAGACCAAACCAACGGAAGUGUUAACCUGUGAAAUUUGAUUCUGCAUCCUCCUGUCUUCUCACUCCUCAUCGUUCGUAUCGUCGUUACACUCUGUAAUCUCAUUCUUAGACUUAAACUCUCUGUUCUCGAAUCCUCAGUCCUCCCUCCAUGGCUUCGUGUAGCCUAGGAGUUCCGAAGAUUAAAAUCUCAGCGGUGGAACUGAGUAGACUAAGAUCUGGAAGCUUACAGAUUCCUCACAGCCAAAGAUCAUUGUUUGUUCAAAGGCCGGUUAAGUACUUGAGUCUGAGGACAAGUGUUGGAUCUUUGAAAGCUGUCCAACUGUCUACUGUCACAGCUGCGGAAACAGCUGCUACUGUUGAAGUAGAAGAUGCUGAGAAGACCAAGUCAUCUCCGUUGAACGCUCAGCUUGUUCCCAACCCCUCCGAGGUGGAAGCUCUUGUCACUGAGAUAUGUGAUUCCUCAUCAAUUGCAGAGUUUGAACUGAAACUGGGAGGUUUCCGCCUAUAUGUAGCAAGGGACUUAGCUGACAACAACAUUAGUGAACCACAACCUCAGCCAGUUCCGGCUACCGUUGCUGCAAAUGCAGUUACCGAGAGUGCUGAUUCCAAUGGAUCAGCUUCCUCUACUUCAUUAGCCAUCACAAAACCAGCAUCUUCAGCUGCUGAUCAGGGUUUGAUUAUCCUCCAAUCUCCUAAAGUAGGAUUCUUCAGGAGAUCUAAAACCAUAAAGGGUAAACGCACUCCGUCCUCCUGUAAAGAGAAAGACCAAGUGAAAGAAGGUCAAGUUCUUUGCUACAUUGAACAACUCGGUGGCCAGUUUCCAAUCGAGUCUGAUGUUACCGGAGAGGUUGUCAAAAUACUCCGAGAGGAUGGAGAGCCUGUAGGAUACAAUGAUGCUCUCAUCUCGAUCCUUCCUUCCUUCCCUGGGAUCAAGAAGCUUCAGUAAAACCAAAUCCGAGCUUGGUUUUUGAGUUGUGAUACUGUGCCUUUGUGUGUAUGCUUUUAGAACAAAAUAAACUUCAUUCAUACCUCUCUGUGUUUCUGUUUUGUCUUUUUUUACUUGUCUGAAAGUUCCUCAAGACAUCUUAUACUAUUAAAGUACAAGCACAUUUGGAUUUUUACUCUGUUUACCCCUAUUAAAGAGGUUUUCUUUUGUAUUCAUUAAUGACAUUUUGGACAUUUUGCA